CUCAGUGAAUCAGGUGCUGAUGGAGGUGCAGCCUCUGAUUGGCCCGUUCAAACAGAAUUGCUGCUUCUGGAUUGGAUGAAGACGGACAUCACUGGUUUCAAAUCUCAGCAGCUGCAGCCUGCUCUGCACUUCAGACCAGCACAGCAGUAUAUAUGUAAACUGAGUUAUCCUAGCCUUCAGACAGUGUGUGAGACAUAUUGAUCAACUGAUGAUAUAUUAGUUUGUAAAUAUUGUAUGAAUAAAAACACUGAAUAUGAAGCACUGAGUAGCUUUUGUGUAGGAGUGAGUAGCCUUUUGUUGUGUCCUUAUUUUCUCCUGUUCAUGGUGGUCAGCAGCUCAGGAGUGACCUGAUGAUGAACACGUCUCUCUGUCAAGAGCUGCAAAGAGAACAACCCAAAUAUCAGCUUGAGACAGCCUGGUGUCCCAGUGUUAAUCUACAUGUGAUCAUUUAAUGUGAGCCGCCAUUAAACAUGAAGGUUAUAGUCAUCAUAAAGGGACUCCUUAAAUCUGAAGGUGUAUCAGAGUGUGAAGUCUAUUUGAUUGUUCUAAUUUGAUAACAGCCGUCACUUCUCUGCAGCAGGAUCACACUUCAACAGGAUGUUUCAUGUGAAGGAGGGACAAUCCCCCCAAACACUGCCCCCCUGUGUCCUCAGUGAGAUGGUUUUCCACAUCCUGUUCCUGCUUCUGCUGCCACACUGCUGUGGAGGUGUUCCUCAAGUUAUCGGUUCAUUUCAACCAAUAGUGGCGAAUAUUGGUGAUGACGUCAUUCUGCCAUGCCACCUCAAACCUGCUCUGAAUGCUGCUACCCAAACUGUGGAGUGGACCAGACAAGACCUGGAGCCAAGGUUUGUUUACCUGUGGCGUUCUGGUGAAGAGCUGCUGGGUGAUCAACAUCCAUCCUAUGUGAGAAGAACAUCUCUGUUCAUCAAUGAACUGAAGAAUGGAAACGUGUCACUGAAACUCUCCAGAGUGAAACUGUCUGAUAGAGGAACAUACCGGUGCUUCCUUCCCAAUAUUGACAGAGACGCAAAUGUUGAGCUUCUCUUUGGAUCUGUCUCCUCACCUGACAUCAGCUUAUCUAAAGUCAGCGACAAAGUUUCAUUAGACUGUAGAUCUGUAGGCUGGUUCCCUGAGCCUGAGCUGUUGUGGCUGGACAGUGAGGGGAAGGAGUUCUCUGAUGGACCUACAGAGACUCACAGAGGUCCUGAUGGUCUCUUUACUGUGAGCAGCAGAGUGACUGUGGAGAAGAGAGAGAGCAACAUCUUCACCUGUAGAGUCCAUCAGAGGAACAUCAACCAGACCAGAGAGACACACAUUCAGAUUUCAGUGGAUUUCUUUGAAACCUCUUCUCCCGUUGUUUAUAUCAGCAUCAUAGUGGUUCUUGUGCUCGGUGUUGUUUGUGCAGCUGCCUUUGUCUUUUGGAAAUGGAGACAAAAUCAAAUCAAAGGUUAG